CUCUUGAAAAGUUAUAGAAAAUUUCAUCCACAAGACAGCUUCAGAUAUCUGCUUCACCUGUAAUUGUUGACUCCAAUGGGUAGCAAAGAAGAAGGAGGCUGUCAUACAAUACAAAUUUGGGAGGCAAACAGAGAUCAUCUCAAACUAAUGCACCAAAAACUCUCAAACCCACCAAAAUUACUAGCCAAAUCUGCUGCUAAGUCUUCUUGUUGCAUUUUUAAGGUGCCUCAAAGCUUCGUAGACAUAAAUGGUAAGUCUUAUCAACCUCAUAUUGUCUCAAUAGGUCCUUACCAUCACGGAGAGCCUCACCUUAGAAUGAUUGAAGAGCAUAAGUGGAGAUACUUAGGUUGUUUGCUUUCUAGAAUCCAACUUAAAGGCCUUUACUUAGAAGACUUAUUAAAAGCGGUAGAACCACUAGAAAUUGCAGCAAGAGAAUGUUAUUCAGAAACUAUACAAAUUGAGAAAGAUGAAUUUUUAGAAAUGAUGGUUCUUGAUGGUUGUUUCAUUAUUGAACUUUUCAGAAAAGUUGGUGACGUGAUAGAAGUUGACGAUGAUGACCCUAUUUUCACAAUGCAAUGGAUCAUUGCUUUUUUUUACAGGGAUUUAUUAAGACUUGAAAAUCAAAUGCCCUUUUUUAUUCUUGAAAAAUUAUUUGAAUUAUCAAGAAUGCCUGAAGAAGAACAAUCUUGCGUCUCUUUAUCCACUCUUGCGUUAAAUUUCUUUAAUUAUUUCUUACAAAGGCCAGAUGGAUCAAUCACUAGGCAUGCUAAUCUCAAAGGAAGACACAUUCUUGAUUUAGUUCGAUCAAGUUAUAUAGAUUUCGAACGAAGUCAAGUAGAAAACAAUAACCAAACACGAACCCAUAUCAUUCAAUGUGUAUCAAAGCUUCGUCGUGCAGGAAUUCUACUUACUCCAGGAAAGGCAGAUAGCUUCUUGGUGGUGAAGUUUAACCAUGGAGUUAUAGAAAUGCCUACAAUAACUAUUGACGAUGCUAUGAGUUCUUUUUUGUUUAACUGUGUAGCGUAUGAGCAAUGCCACAAUGGAAGCUCCAAACACUUCACAACAUAUGCAACUUUCUUGGAUUGCUUAGUAAAUACAAACAAAGAUGUUGGGUAUUUAUGUGAUCACAAUAUUAUUGAGAAUUACUUUGGUACUGACGCAGAAGUUGCAAGAUUCAUCAAUAAUCUUGGCAAGGAAGUUGCAUUUGAUAUUGAUUUGUGCUAUUUGGCUAAGUUGUUUAAUGAUGUUCACUUAUAUUACAUGAAUAGUUGGCAUGUCCAAUGGGCAGGAUUCAAGUAUACGUAUUUUGAUACUCCAUGGUCUUUUAUAUCUGCUCUAGCUGCUCUCAUUCUUCUGGUUUUAACUGUUACACAAACCUUCUAUACCAUUUAUGCUACGUAUAGAAAUUAAAUAAAAUCUAUUAGUUAGAUUGUGUAGAUUUGCUUGAUAUAUUUUUUAGGAAAGUUGUUUAUAUAUUUUUUUUAGGAAAGCUUUUAUGUAUAUGAGUAUGUUGUACUAUUAUAUGGUUUUUUGUAUUGGAAAUUUAUAAAAUGUGA